GAGUGUAACAAGAAAUUAAAAAAGAAAAAAUUAAAAUUGCAGAGUUUCUAAAUUUCUUUUCCUAUGCCAACAUAACUGUAAACAACUGUACAAUAAACAAAAGAAUCUCCGUCUAGAGUGCUUUAGGGUUUUGGUACAAGUAAGAAUGUGAUCAAGUUGCAUAUGGUUUUGAAAGGUUACUUAGAGGUCGCAGGUUCGAUUCACGCCACCCUGAAGGUUUUGGGUUUAACGGUAAGAGGGUUUGCCUCAAGUAGAGGUCACCAGUACGAGCCUCGCUAAGGUUUAAGAGGUGGCUACUGCCUGGCUCGCGGUUUAUUCAAAUUGUGCGGUUGAGCUUUGUUUGUGAGGCGGAGCUUGAAUUCAAUGGUUGCUCAGACAGAAGCAACAACUCUGCAGAACAAUAUUGGGAAAUCUGAUGAAGCGUUUCGGCCUCUUUAUGGUGAUGGCAAGGAAACUGUGCUUUCGACGUCUGUGAAUGUUAAAGAAGGGUCAAAUAUUAGCAACGCAGAAGUUGAGAGUCCCAGAAAAGGCGUAAUUAGCAUCUGCAAGUCCCUCAUUGCUGGUGGCGUUGCUGGAGGAGUGUCUCGAACUGCCGUGGCUCCCCUAGAGAGACUGAAAAUUCUGCUUCAGGUUCAAAACCCUCUUAAUCCUAAGUAUAGUGGUAUGGUUCAAGGAUUACGUUAUAUAUGGAAUGCAGAAGGGAUACGUGGGUUUUUCAAAGGAAAUGGUGCCAACUGUGCCAGGAUAAUACCCAACUCUGCUGUGAAAUUCUAUAGCUAUGAGCAAGCAUCUAGUUCAAUCCUUUGGCUUUAUAGACGACAGACGGGAGAUGAAAAUGCCGAGCACACACCUUUUUCCCGCCUUGCAGCAGGGGCUUGUGCUGGAAUAAUUGCAAUGUCUGCUACUUACCCAAUGGACAUGGUUCGUGGGAGACUGACUGUUCAGACAGAAGACUCUCCUAACAAGUAUCGUGGUAUGGUCCAUGGAUUGUCAACUAUUAUUCGCGAGGAAGGCCCGAAGGCAGUAUAUAAAGGCUGGUUACCAUCAGUUAUUGGAGUGAUUCCAUAUGUUGGAUUGAAUUUUGCGGUGUAUGAGACUCUCAAGGACAUAUUGACAAAGAACAAAACUUUUGGGUUGUCAGAUGGCUCUGAGUUGAAUGUGGUAACUAAACUGGCAUGUGGAGCUGCUGCAGGAACUGUUGGGCAGACUGUGGCUUAUCCUUUGGAUGUAGUACGCAGGAGAAUGCAAAUGGUUGGAUGGAAAGAUGCUUCUCCUGUUAUAUCUGGAGAUGGAAGAAUCACGGCACCUGUUCAUUACUCUGGGAUGGUUGACGCAUUUAGGAAAACAGUCCAGAAUGAAGGGUUUAUUGCAUUGUACAGGGGAUUGGUUCCAAAUUCAGUUAAGGUGGUGCCCUCCAUAGCAAUUGCGUUUGUGACAUAUGAAGUUCUAAGGGAUUUAAUGGGUGUAGAUUUCAAGAUUUCAGAUUAAGAAGAUUUUCUCACUGAUCACAGCAUCAAUUAUUGUUUGAACAGACAAACCACUGUCAAAGUUCAGAAAGAUAGUUUGUAGCAUGUGUUGUAGAGGGAGGGACGAUAAUUCUAUUUUUGGCUGUGAAUCCUGAUUCCUAAGGUCAUCUUCAAACCAUUCAAUUCCAGCAAUAACAGUUAAAAAUUAUUCAUGGGGGAAAUAAGUUGCUGCCAGAAGUCCUUAACCUUGUUAGGCCACCAACUUAAUGCCUAGAGUGAAUAUGCGUUGUAGGCUCCAUCUGCCUUAUUAUUUGAGUGCGAUUAUUUAGUUUUCCAAUAUCCUUGUUCAAUAAGUGCAUUCUAUUGCUGGAUUACAGGUUUUUUGGGACUUCAUUCAAUGUUCCUAAGCUUGCAGUUUUCCAGUUUGUAGCAGCUAUCAACAAUUCCAUCUCAGCUUUUGGGAUAUUUGCAAUCUAAACCACAGUUGCAUUUCUAGCAGUUUUUUAUUUCUUACAUGGGUAGCCCCUAUGAUAUUAUAAUAAUAUGAUUAAUCUGUGUACAUAAAUUUCCGAAAUGACAGUUUCUCUUUCUGCUCGUUU